UCGCCUUUGGGAAGAUUUGUUCAUCUUUUUCAUGCUAUUUGUAUGCAUCGCUUUCUUGCCAAGUUAUGCAUCCCCGAAGAACCUCGUCUAUAUUAGCGCAACCGUGGCAUAUGUGUGGAUUAAUAAUAACUUAGUGAAUGCAAAAUUCAAUUGGAAUAUAAGAAGUAGGUACGCCAACUUUUGGCACCGUUCUGAUGCACGCUCGGCGCGCGCGCGCGAGAGAGAGCUCGAGACGCAAAGUCUACACUGAGCGUGCGCUUCGGAGAGAGAGAGAACGCAACACAGUUUCUUUUUUAAACAGCAAACGGCGCGGUAAUGAGGGCAUUAGGCGAGAACGCCAGCUGACAGCACAAGUUUGCACCGUUCCCACGCCAACUUUUCACCUCCGUAAACCUGCGAAUGGAUGUGUGCUUCACUAAUGACAAGGACUUCAAGAGCUGAACCUGCUCGGCUGCCUUAAUAACUCCGAGAGCGCGGGUUUCCUCUCGCACACAGUCUCAGAGUGCGUUCCUCUCGGAUGUUUUCUGCUCGGUGUAUGUUUGCUCAACGGGACUAGUGUUCGGGAACGAUGAGGCUGCUCUGCUGGAGCGUUCUGCUGCUCAUCCACUGGAUUCUGAGGAAGGUGCAUGGCUUGGAGAAACACGUGGGCAAACCUCUGGAUUAUCUGGAGCAGGGAGCGUCCAGCACAGUCUUCAAGAGCCUCCCGUACUCUGUUCCCGCUCCGUCAGGAGCCGUCAAACCUCCACACCAGACCUCCAGGAUAUUCUCCACGCUGGACCACACUCCCACGAAGCCCAAACCACCCACCUUCAGCUUCCAGAACCCCUACGAAUGGGUGCGAAACCAGUCUCAUCUCCAGGACCACACAGGCUACCGUCCCAAACGCAAACCCUCCCUCAAAACCUCCAUGAAGACUAAAAAGAUCUUCGGCUGGGGCGACUUCUACUUCAACGUCAAGACGCUCAAGUUCAGUCUGCUGGUGACGGGGAAGAUCGUGGACCACGUCAACGGGACGUUCACGGUCUACUUCCGCCACAACUCCUCCAGUCUCGGGAACGUGUCGGUGAGCAUCGUUCCUCCGUCCAAAAUCGUCGAGUUCGAGGUUCUCCAGAAACCCCUUCACCCGGAGAUCCAGUUCCACCAGCAGCACCAGUCCACCGUCGACCCCAAAGACAUCAAAGCCUUCAACUGCCGCGUGGAGUACGAGAAGACGGACCGCUCCAAGAAACCCAAACCCUGUCUUUACGAUCCAUCGCAGACCUGCUUCACUGAAAACACCCAGUCGCACUCGUCCUGGCUCUGCGCCAAACCCUUCAAAGUCAUCUGCAUCUUCAUCUCCUUCUUCAGCAUCGACUACAAGCUGGUGCAGAAGGUCUGUCCGGACUACAACUUUCAGAGCGAGCAUCCGUAUUUGGGAUGAGGCAUUUUCCAUCUGCGUUUUAUUUUGUAUAUGUGACCCUCACUCUUAAAAAUAAAGGGGCUUCACAAUGCCAUAGAAGAAUUUUUAACAUCUGAAGAUUAUUGGAACUAAAAGUGAUUGUUUUGUGAAGCAGCUUUGUUUUUAACAGAUCUGCAGCACAGGAGCAGUCUUAAGUCACUCGGAUAUAUUUGUAGCAAUUACCAACAAUACAUUGUAUAUGAGUCAAAAUGAUACAUUUUUCUUUGAUGCCAAAAAUCAUUAGGAUAUUAAGUAAAGAUCAUGUUCCAUCAAGAUAUUUACUUAAUUUCCUAUCAUAGAUAUAUCAUUUUUGAUUAGUAAUAUGCUGAGAACUUCAUUUGAACAACUUUAAAGAUGAUCAAGAUUUCAGUGAUAGUUGUAUCUCAUUUACAAACUGUACAUCAAUGGAAAGAUGAUUUAUUCAGUUUUCAGAUGAUGCAUAAAUCUAAAACAUGAUCCUUGUGACUGGUUUUGUGCUCCAGGGUCACGUAUGGGAAGAUUCGGCCGAAUCCCUUCAGCUCUUAACAUUGGUUUCUUUAUGCUUUCGUCUGUUUCCGUCCAUCGACUGUUAGACCAACACGUCGUUUUUCUACUGAUCCUGCUCAUGUCUCUCAGAAUGGAGAUAAAACCAGUUGAGAUCUGGUCUCUAAUGGUCUGAUCAGGGUCUCAACGUACAUCAGACUUCACUAGCUCGGAUGAUGAUGAUGAUGGAAAUAUACUAUAAAACGUGGAUGAAAAAUAUUGAUUUUGGAUAUCACUCAUGAAGAAAGGUGAUUUAUUUUCUUUAGAGUGAAUUUGUUUAGGAGCAUGAAUCAGUUUUGACUUCAAAAUAUGAUUAUGAUUAAGAAAAUUAAUUUGUGAUUUUAAGCAAAACCUUAAUGAUUUUCCUAGUGCUGUCAUAUGAUUAAUUGCUAUUAAUUGCAUCCAAAAUAAAAGUUUUUGUUUGUAUAAUAUAU